AUGUAUGUUACAGCGGAAGAUGAAUUUUCGAACUUGUGCAGGUUGUACAGUAGCAACGAACCAACUACUUCGCUGUGGGUUGCCAGGAGGAGACUCAUGACCAUUAGGCGAGACUUUGCCAAUUUCUGCCACUGGGUACAUCUCGCCCGGCACGACUCGCCGUGCACUCCGUCCUACUACUCCGUGCCCCAGGCCAUCUUCGAGGUCCUCCGGGCGAAAAGACUCACCACGCAGUUCCAACGGAAGUGGAACGGCGCUGUGCUCGCGGACGGCUCUAACAUCGGGCAGCUCUUCGACAUGGUCCCUGAGCCGGUCCCCGAGGGCUUUCAAAAGCUGUACCUGAGCAUUAGCACCCACCUGGAAGAGAAGCCGCGGGGGGAAGACUGCUCGUACGAGAUCAUAGCCGACAUGGUGCUGGUGGAUAUCGGCGGCGACUCCGAGGUCGUGCGAUUCCUCGAGACAUCGCUCGGUGGGCUGGCUGGACGGAGGAAUAUGUUCACGACAGGCAAAGGACACAUUGGCUCGGGGCCUCCUGGGAUGGUUACCGGCGAUGUUCCUUGCAAGAAGGCCCAACCACACACAGUCCCCGUCUUUAAGAACGACCAUGAUCCCUCAUUCACGCGGCCACAGAAGGGCUUCCACCAACGAUGGUCCGCCGUGGUCUGGUCUCACACACCACUCUGCCAAAGGACACGCUUCCAGCAGAUACCUCUCCAGCAUCGGAGAACUGAGGGCAAUGAGAGAGAUUCCAGUGCUUUAACCUCAAUGGCGUGCCCCUUCUGCCGUUUCCUAGCCUGGAUACAACACAAACUGGAUGUGCGAGCCCAGAACAAGGCCGCACAAGCUGAGAAACAAGCCGAGAUCAAGGCUGCACAAGACCGAGAUGCUGCACGUACCGAAAGGAUCGAACGUAACCGAAGUGCCUCUUUCAGUAGAAGGCGUUUCGAGCCACCGCCAACUCCACUCCCUCCUCCAGGAGACAGAGAAAACCUCGAGACCCUCCGUGCCCGGGUUCCCCCACGUUCAACCAUAGUGGACGAAGAAGGCCUCUUUAUGCCCCCUGAACCUACGCGCACGAUAAAAGAUGCUUGUAUAGCUGCCGCCCAAAAUGUCCAAUACCCUAUUUUUGUUGCCACCACCGAGCCUGAGCGCGAACUGGUUGCCGCCCGUGCUGUCCGGGCUAUUGCUACAGCUGUUUCUACCUCACCCUCCUACCCUGUGUUUGUCGCUGCCGUUAUCAUGGCUGAGAGUGAGGCCUUGAUUGCGUCUGAGAAUCCUUACCGGAGUCAAUAUUAUACUCGAGAUCCUCCCGGAAUUGUCGCGCGCCGCAGGGAGAAUGCAUUGAAUGCUGCCGUCGCGGCUGGCAUGGCCGUCUAUGAUGAAAACAAAGCUUGGCCCGGCGACGACGACAUCAAUAAUUCUGAUUCUGAAGACAACUUCGACUCCGACUCCCGCCCCACGUCAAUCCCCAACCAUCCAUACGCGACGCAAUCAUCUGGAAGCCACAGCAGCUCCAGCCUCUUGCGCCAGAUGGUCGUCGCAAGUGGUGACGCUCCGCUGUGA